UCAUGUCUUUUAAGGAGGCUGGGUGUUCCCGAAUAGUACAACAAAAAAGAGCGAAAGAAGGAAAAGAGCAAAAAAUAUGAAGCGUUUCUAUUGGGUAAAAUAAUGUCAGUUUAUCGUAAUUGGCUGGCAAAGUUAUGUCGGGAUUCCCACCCUCGUAUUAAAACAACCUAAGAACGGGCAGGCAACAGACUACAACUGCAAGCAAGGUGGUAAUAGCUGAGCACUGAAGAGGGAGAUACGACAAAUACUCUUUAACUGCAAAUAAAAAGUGCUUCUAAUGGAUCUCAGCACUGGAAUGCAAAAGAUGUCCAUGGGGCAGCAGCCAGCAGGAAGGGGUGCGCCUUGUUUGAGAUGUAAAGGGAUCUGCUCUGGAUUCCAGCCACAUUCCUGGAGGAAAGAAUGUAAGCUGUGCCACUGUAUCCAGGAGGAUCACAGCCUGAGCUCAGAUCUAGAAGAUGACCGGAAGAUUGGCCAACUGCUGGCUGAUUCCAAGUACGUCCACCUGACUGCUCGGGUGAAAGGAAGUGAUGGUCUGAGGGUGUACAAGAGGAACCGGAUGAUCAUCACCAAUCCCAUUGUGUCAAGGAAAGACCCCACAUUUGACACUAUCACCUAUGAGUGGGCUCCUCCAGGGUUGACACAGAAGCUGGCAAUUCUUUACAUGGAACUGAUUCCACAAGAGAAACGUCCUGUGGCAGGCACAGAGGGGGCCUUCUACCGGCGCAGGCAGUUGAUGAGGCAGCUCCCUCUGUACGAUCAGGACCCUGCUCAGUGUCAGGGGCUGUCUGCAGGAGAGGAAAAGGCCAUGGCAGAGUUUGUCAAGGCCUACAAAGAUGGGGCACUUGGUGUGGGGGAAGUUGCGCUUCCAAGAGAAGCAGGCCACGCAAAGGAAGAUGGGAAACAGGUGCAGAAAAAUGGGAAGACCCCUCGGGACCCCAGCUCUGCAUCAAAUGGUACUGUUGCAGAUGGCCUCAAGAAAACAGAUUACCAUUGUGAUCACUGCAAGAAGGCUGCCCCCAGUGACCACCCUGUGGUGUAUGCAGACCGAGCAGGCUAUGAGCGGGUCUGGCACCCAUCCUGCUUCAUGUGCUACCAGUGUGGGGAAGCCCUGGUGGAUCUCAUCUAUUUCUGGAAGAACGGCUCCCUGCUAUGUGGCCGCCAUUACUGCCAGACUGUCAGACCACGCUGUGCUGGCUGUGACGAGCUAAUCUUCUCAGAGGACUACCUGCAAAGAGAGGGCAACGCAUGGCACAGGAACCACUUCUGCUGCUCGGAGUGCGAUCAGCCCCUGACAGGCUUGACCAUCAACCUGUGCCAGGGGCGCUCAUUGUGCCCUGCGUGUGCCCAGCGGGCCAAAUCAGUGUAGAGCCUAAGAAGUCUCCAAAGCAUCCGUCUCCCCACGUGUCCAUUUCCACUGGAGCACUUAGACCAGACACAGGCUCCCUGCAGAAGGAUGGGGGUCAUUUUGGGCCUAACAGGCAUCCAAACCAUUUGGCUUUCUGGUUUAUUUAGUGGCGACAGAGGCACGCAAAAGUUAAAUCGCUUUUAACCUCAAAAGUUUCCUUUUAUUUUCUCAUUUUCUUAAACUGCACAAUUUGCGCGCUUGAAGUUUCGGAGGAGUACAGAAAAUCUUUUUCUUUUUCCCAGGGUGCUAUUAGAUGUACAUUUUGUUCUUACUUGCAAAAAAGUAGAAAAGGUACAGCUUCUAUUCUGACCGAGAGUUGCUUUCAGUUGUUUAUGUUGGUGAAAUUGAAUUUUGCAGUCUGUUUUAAUGCAUUUGUUUAAUUGUGCAAUGGAAUUUGACAGUAUUUGUUUGAUCUGACAGGAGAAGAAAAAAAAUGUACUUACAUGCAAUGUUUCGGGAAAUGAUUUACCUAGAUUUAUGACUAAGCUAUGACGCAAUCUUGGACAAUACCAUAAAGUCACAAUAUAAAACUAUCUCUCAAUAUAAUAAUAAUGGUAUCAUACAGUUGUUAUUAUGGUAAAAUAAUACAUAGUCAUUGUUUUUCUGGAUCAAAAUCUAAGAAGCUCUUAUCAAUAAACAAGAUAAACUUAAAAAAUGCUGAACAAUUUAGCUUGCUGUAAAUAUUUUUUUUUCUCAUUUGUGGACCACAGUAUGUUGUCUCAGCAUUUGAGAAACUAUAUUCCGAGUUGUUUAAAUUGUAACUUGAACUUUAACAGAAACAGACAAUUGUACUUGAUCCAAACCUAAAAUGUGCAGCACAGAGACGUUAUGGUGUGUGAGAAGUCCAGAAAAACAUAAACACAGAUGUCCAGUUGUUAAAGACAGAUGUUUCAACCUUGAAGAGUUGAAAAUGAUAUGGAAAAUCUUCUCAGCCUUCCUGUCAAAUAGGGAAUUGGCUUUGUUAUUUUGUUGAAAGUGUUACAGUGCUUAUUUAUUUUCUAAUAUUAAAUUAAAACUGGUUAAUUUAUGAUUGUAAUGAGAAGCGUUUGGGUAAGAUUUAAGAUUAUUCUCUCCCCUACAUAACUUUUCUCUCAUAAAACCUUACUUUUAUAUAGUAACUUUCAUAGUACAUCAUCUCAAGCUAACAGUACAAUCCUAUGCUAUGGGGGCAUGUUGUACAUUGCCUAGGUUUCUAAAUACCAUUAUUGGGUGUCCAAAUUGAAAAAUAUUUGUUCAAAAAUGCCUUUUUGUAAUAUUGCAUUCACAGUUAAAAAGUCAGAAAAGGCUUUCUUUCUAAGGCAAUGGACUUUCACUUCCUACACUCAUAAAAUCCUUAACUUUUUAGAAGACCUUUUAUCCUUAAGGUAGUAGUGUGCAUGAUGUACAGUACAAUGUCCUAUUAAGUAGUUUCUACUAGUUGCAUUGCAUAGAAUGUUUUCAAUAACCUUCUAUUGUUACUUGUUGUACACUUAUUUUAAUCCAGUAGCAUAAAGAAAAGUUAUUGUGUGAAGCUAUCAAUGAGGAAGUGUACAAGUGAAGAAAGCUAUUGUCAGACCAUGCCGAAAACCCAAGGGAAAAAGACAAUCCAAAAGUAGUAUAAUGCCCACCUAUGAUCGUAUACAUGGGGCAUCAUGUGAUUCCAAAUAAUUCAUUGUUAGGAUCUGGGAAAGUGAAAUAAAGGUGUGCUAAAGAAGUAACUCUGUAAGAUUUCUGUUAAAGGUUCCAUUUUUGCCAUAUCAUUCUGCAACACAACUGGCAGCCCACUGAAGCUAAGCUGGUGUGAGCCUGGUCAGUACCUGGAUGGGAAACCUCCUUGGAAAAAC